GGUCACCUGACGUCAUUGUCAGCAUCUUGCUCAGCCAUUGCCAGCACAUUCAUAUGAUCGCAAACCCUGCCAGUCUACUGCGGUAUCACAGGUCUGUUGCGUCUUUCACCGGCAUCAGAAGAGCCUCUUUCCUGACUUUCAAAUAUCGUUUCCAUCAAUCCUCCUUCGCCAUGGGCGCUAACUCCAAGUCUGAAGACGAAUGGCGUGCCAUCUUGUCUCCAGAACAGUUUAGAAUUCUCCGUCAGAAGGGAACAGAGGCACCCGACACAGGGAACUACAAUCACCAUGACGCGCCAGGCGUGUACGCCUGUACUGGCUGUGGGACUCCACUAUACAAGAGCAGCACGAAGUUUAACAGCGGCUGCGGAUGGCCCGCUUUCUUUGAUGCGAUCCCUGGUGCCGUUAGUAGGCAUCAAGAUCGGUCAAUGUUUAUGACUAGGAUAGAGAUUACCUGUACCGCAUGCGGUGGCCAUCUCGGGCAUGUGUUCAAGGGAGAAGGAUUCGAUACGCCAACCGACGAACGACACUGCGUGAAUUCCGUCUCGCUGAACUUUAAGGAGGAAUAAAGUUUUGGUUGUAUGAAUAUCAUUAUAAUUUAGAUACAAUAUGUAGCAUUGGCCGGUGAUGCGUUGUCGAUUAUGAAAUUGAGCUUAUUCAGUAUCUCACCUGAGGAAGAGGACAUUAACAAUAGUUGAAUG